GUCUCCAAUUUGAGAUUUUUUAACUGAACCCAAGUCAUGACGAAGCUUCUUGAGAUGAAUCAUAUUCAUGCCCUUUGUUUUGCCAAGGGUUUUUCUCGUACCAGAUUAAAUGUUGCAACUUCACCCUUUCUGAUAUCUCGUGGUGGUGGUGGUGGAUAUUGCAGCAAUACUUGUAUCCCUUAUCGCUUGAAAUUUACUUGCUAUGCAACACUAUCUGCUGUGGUAAAGGAGCAAACAUCAGCUUUUGAUGGAAAAGAAGCAGCUUUGCUUGUUGAUGAGCUCAGAAGCAACUUCAACACUGGCAGAACAAAGAGCUAUGAGUGGAGAAUUUCUCAGCUUCAAAGCAUUGCUAGGAUGAUUGAUGAGAAGGAGAAAUGCAUCACCGAAGCUUUGUAUCAAGACCUUUCCAAGCCUGAGCUUGAAGCUUUUCUAGCUGAGAUUUCGAAUACAAAAUCAUCCUGUAUGCUUGCAAUCAAAGAGUUGAAGAACUGGAUGGCUCCAGAAACGGUCAAAACUUCUGUGACGACAUUUCCCUCGUCUGCACAAAUAGUCUCAGAACCGCUAGGAGUUGUUUUGGUUAUCUCAGCCUGGAAUUUCCCUUUCUUAUUGUCUGUCGAGCCAGUCAUUGGAGCUAUUGCAGCUGGUAAUGCGGUUGUGCUAAAACCUUCUGAAAUCGCUCCAGCAGCAUCUUCUCUUUUAGCAAAGUUGUUCAGUGAAUACUUGGACAAUACAACAAUCAGAGUUAUAGAGGGAGGAGUCCCUGAAACAACAGCUCUACUCGAUCAAAAAUGGGACAAGAUCUUGUUCACUGGUGGAGCAAGAGUUGCUCGCAUUAUAAUGGCUGCAGCAGCGAAAAAUCUUACUCCGGUGGUUCUCGAACUUGGUGGAAAGUGCCCAGCUCUUGUUGAUUCAGAUGUUAAUCUACAAGUAGCUGCUAGGAGGAUCAUAGCAGGGAAAUGGGCUUGUAAUAGUGGACAGGCUUGCAUUGGCGUUGAUUACGUGAUCACAACAAAGGAUUUUGCAUCAAAAUUGAUAGAUGCUCUGAAGACUGAACUGGAAACAUUUUUUGGGCAAAACGCAUUAGAAUCAAAGGACCUGUCACGGAUUGUGAACUCUUUCCACUUCAAACGGUUGGAGAGUAUGUUAAACGAGAAUGGAGUCGCCAACAAAAUUGUUCAUGGUGGCCAAACAACCGAAGAGAAACUAAAAAUAUCUCCAACGAUACUACUGGAUGUGCCAGAAGCAUCUUCCAUGAUGCAGGAAGAGAUAUUUGGACCUUUACUUCCCGUAAUUACGGUGCAAAAGAUUGAAGAUGGCUUUCAGGUUAUACGUUCAAAGCCAAAGCCUUUAGCAGCGUAUCUGUUCACAAACAGCACAGAGUUGCAGAAACAAUUCGUGCAGAACGUAUCUGCAGGAGGAAUGACCAUCAAUGACACUGUCUUACACGUAACUGUAAAAGAUUUGCCAUUUGGUGGGGUAGGGGAGAGCGGGAUCGGUGCUUACCACGGGAAAUUCUCGUAUGAGACGUUUAGCCAUAAGAAAGGAGUUCUUUACCGGAGCUUUUCAGGGGACGCGGAUCUAAGAUAUCCUCCUUACACACCCAAAAAGAAGAUGGUGCUGAAAGCUUUGAUCUCUUCAAACAUAUUUGCUGCUAUCUUGGCUUUCUUUGGGUUAUCUAAAGAGACAUGAUCACAUGUUAUAAUCACUGAACUUGCUGGAAUUGUACAACUGAGAAAGUUGAAUAUUUCCAUAGAGAUAUAAAAUCAAUAAAACUAU